AUGAAGUGCCACAGCCAUUGUAUGGCAUUCCUCGUUUUGCAAUGGGGUACUGCUCUUAGUUAUCCCCAAGGAUUCGUACUCGACGAGGGCAUCUCUACCCAUGAAGAGCGGAGACCAGCUUCAUCCGAUCUGGGCCGACAGAACUCUGGCACUUUACACAACCGUAGGGCCGACAUUGUUAAGAACCCUCUUGAUGAAAGCCGUCGUUCAGAAAAAGAGCUAGAAUUCAUCAAACGCCGGAGGGAUUCGAAAGUCAUAACUUCAAAAACUGUGGUCGAUAGCAAUGGAGAAGAGUCGUGGUCUGUCCAAAGUCGGCUUGAUCCACAGACUGAUAAUAAUUGUACCAAUUCCGUUGGUACGACAGAGAGGUGUCACCCAGACAAGGUGGAAGUGCACAUCGACGGUACUAUACCAAACGCAGCGAACGCUUCUGAGCUUGCUGAAAAGGUCAUGAAAGUCGUCAAGCAAAGUAUCCAAGGCAACUUAACCGUAGAUGUUGCGCAAAAUAACACUGGCGGUCAGACUCAAGGGGUGAUAAAUGCCACUGAUGCAGUCGCCGGGCAAUCGACCAGCGGUAGACUCUUGCAUUUGCCACCAACCGAUCAAACCGGAAGUUUAGCCGGAAGUGGCCAGGGAUCUCACCCCACAAAUCAAACGACUGGGAACCCGGGAUUAAUAACACCUAAGCAGGAACAGGCUAACCCAGUCUCGGGGAAAGGCAAUGACACUGUUCCACAGAUAUCUGCCACUCCUCCGACCAUAUACCCAGACAAUAGAACAAGCGUGAACACAAACGUAACUGCCACUUCUGGGAUCUUGCAGCCAGAUAAUACAACGAGUUUGAGCACCAAUGAUACUAUCGAAACUCUGGAUUGCUCAGAUAUUAGUCCUGCCUCAGAGAACCCGCAAGCUCAGACAGGACUUGCCGCGCCACCGGCACCGAACAUGACUAGUGAGAAAAAUUCCACAGAAACUCAAGUAAAACAGAAUUCUUCGCUCGGGCCACCCGCCCAGCCACUGGUGGUCAUUCCCCUGGAUUCCAAUGAACCUCAUAUCUCAAAACAGGAACCUCAACCACCUAAUCAGCCAGUUGCCCAUCUCGCAAAAUCCAACGGCGAAAAGGAGUUGGAGGUUAACAGCAAACCAUUCGGAGUGAUGAUAUUACCAAAAUCACAGAAGCUAAAAAGCCUACCGCCUGGCACGGUGGUCAUCAUACCUCAUGUCGAGAAAACAGGAAAUUCUGAUAGAAACCUGUCAUCACAAGUUUCCUCUGGACCACAACCUCCAUCAAAUGUCACUGCUGCUAUUUCGCCUGGCUCACCACUUUCACAAAAUGGGAGUGAGGCUAAAGUUUCGUCUAGCCCAAAUCUUCCACCAAAUGGCUAUGUUAUAGAUGCCCCUCCACCUGGUUCAAAUCUCCCACAAAAUGACAGUGCUAAAGCUUCGUCGGGAUCACCGUAUCCACCAAAUAACACCACCGGAGCUUUGCCUGGACCAAAACUUUCACAAAACGCCAGUGCUAUCUCCACUCAAAAUCGUUCCUCCAUUCCUCCAUCGUCUCAAUCCCCACCUCCCGAAACUCCAGCCGUCAACCAGACACCCUUGACGCCCGUGAUUGAAGCAACUAACUUCUCGUCUUCUAACCUUUUGGCACCACCACCCCCCAAACCUGCGCCACCUAUCCCGGCACCCGCAAAUAAAGCCUCAAAUGUGAAAAUCAUUCUUCCUGAUCACACCGAACUCGCUCCUAACUCUGCUUCUAAGAUUAGGUCCGAAAAUUCAUUUAUUUAUGUUGGGAGUUUUGUUUUGGGGUUUAUCAUUUCAUCUGGAUUCCUGUAAAUCCCAAGUAUUCAAUUGGAUCGACAUGGAUACUUCUAUUCUCCUUCAUCUUUCUACUUUCACCAGCGCUAUUGAUGAUUUCCUCAAGAAUUCAGUUCCAGUGCCACAGGCUGCCUGUGGGAAAGUCUUUCGAUUGGCCGUUCUUCAUCUAGCUAAGAAUAGCCAAGGCGCCGGAGGACCUACAGCAGAUGCUGGUGUUCCAUUGAAUCUUGCAAAUUUGACAUCUGAAGAGGCCGGAAGCGUUCCCAGUGAAUUGAAUAUUUCUUUAACCUACAAACAAUGUACAUUUGGUGUCUUAAACAUAUAUAAAAUGGUUGUAAAUAAGCACAUCUUCAGUUAAAUUCAAGUUAGAUACAAAUUCAACCAUUGG